GGGCUCCGGGCUGCAUUCCGAGUGCGGAGCGACAAACCACCACUAAUGGAAGUACAGAGAAACACCGCGCCCCAACAGACGAACAGCAGCAGCAUGAGUGAACCACGGCGGAAGAGAAUGGAUGAGCGCAGUGCGCCCUCGGAGAUGUCCAGGAUAAUCACUGACCCGGCCACUGGGAAGUGCUACUGCCGUGGGAAAGUUUUGGGAAAGGGAGGGUUCGCGAAAUGCUACGAGAUGACCGACCUCUCCACCAGCAAAGUUUACGCGGCCAAAAUCAUCCCGCACGCACGCGUCUCCAAACCUCACCAACGAGAGAAGAUUGACCGAGAAAUUGAACUGCACCGUGCACUGCACCACAAGCACAUUGUGCACUUUUAUCACCACUUUGAGGACAAGGAGAACAUCUACAUCCUGCUGGAAUACUGCAGUAGAAAAUCUUUGGCCCACAUCCUGAAAGCUCGCAAAGUGCUUACUGAGCCGGAAGUGCGUUAUUAUCUAAGACAGAUUGUAUCUGGACUGAAGUACCUGCAUGAACAAGAGAUCCUGCACAGAGACCUGAAACUAGGUAACUUCUUUGUGAGUGAGUCGAUGGAGCUGAAGGUCGGCGACUUUGGUCUCGCUGCCAAGUUGGAGCCGGCGGGAAACCGGAGGAAGACGAUCUGUGGAACUCCCAACUACCUGUCCCCCGAGGUGCUCAACAAGCAGGGACACGGCUGUGAAUCAGACAUCUGGGCCUUGGGCUGUGUGAUGUACACCAUGCUGCUGGGGAGACCACCAUUUGAAACCACCAACCUGAAGGAGACGUACAGGUGCAUUAGAGAGGCGCGUUAUUCCCUGCCCUCCUCCCUGUCACCACCGUCUAAGCAGCUAAUCACCAGCCUGCUCGCCAAGAUCCCAGAAGACAGGCCUAACCUGGACCACAUUCUGAGGCACGACUUCUUCACCCAGGGCUUCAGUCCCGAGCGUCUGCCGGCGAGCUGUUGCCAUUCAGCGCCAGAUUUCCACGUCUCGAGUCCCGCCAAGAGCUUCUUCAAGAAAGCUGCCGCUGCGCUCUUUGGGGGGAAGAGAGACAAGGUCAAAUACUACGAGACUCUGAAUAAGCUAACCAAAGAGGAAGAAGAAAUCUACAAACUGCAGCACGACCUGGAGAGAACCGUCAUCAGCCAACAGCAGAGCAAAAAGAUUCCAGAGAGUGGAAGUCCACUUCCGCCAUCUGCAGAGAGCCCCGUUGUCCUGGCAACGCAGAGCCAGUCCCCGACGACGCAAGACACCAUCCGUCUCAUCGUCAGGGGGAGUCUGGGGAGCUGCAGCAGCAGCAGCGAAUGCCUGGAAGACAGCACCACAGGGAGUGUUGCUGAGACCGUUGCAAGCGUGUUGAGGGGAUGCCUGGAGAAUAUGCCCCAAGCCGACGACAUUCCUCAGGGCUCCAGCACCUGUAGCCUUCAAUGGGUGACUAAAUGGGUGGACUACUCCAACAAGUACGGCUUCGGCUAUCAAUUGUCUGAUUAUACCGUGGGAGUUCUCUUCAACAACGGCACUCACAUGAGCCUCCUGCCAGACAGAAAGACCAUCCAUUACUAUGCAGAGUUGGGCCAGCGCUCUGUCUUCCCCACCUGUGAGGUCCCUGAACACUUUGUGGGCCAGGUGACUGUGCUCAAAUACUUUUCCCACUACAUGGAGGAGAACCUCAUGGACGGUGGGGACCUGGGCAGUAUGACGGAUGCACACAUGCCCAGACUCUAUCUCCUGCAGUGGCUCAAGUCCGACCGCGCCCUCAUGAUGCUCUUUAACGACGGCACUUUCCAGAUCAACUUUUACCACGACCACACCAAGAUCAUCCUGUGUUGCCAGAGGGAUGAGUACAUGCUGACGUACAUCAACGAGGACCGUGUCUCCAAAACCUUCAAGCUCAGCUCCCUGCUGACGUCCGGGUGCCCCACCGACCUGCGCGAACGCAUGGUCUACUCACUCAACAUGCUUCUGCAGAGGUGCAGCUAAACCUGCGACGAGGGGCUCGGGCCGGCUAGACGCAAGACAAAUGUACGCAUUGGGGCUUCCUGCAGUGCUGCAGCGGCACCAGGAGUGCGCAGGGAGGACACGUUUGGAGGAUGGACCUGUGAAAAGACAAUUAACAUUCCUUCACUGUUGCACCUUCAUGACUCAGCAGAGGUGCAGGGAGGGAGGGAGGGGGUGGGGGGGGAAUUAUAAUAACACGCUGAGACUCUGUGGAGUGGGGGAAAUGAAAUGUAGCACAACAGUGAACGGCAAAGGGCUGCUUUGUAUGUUGCAUGUUGGAGGAGAGGACAGGGCGGACGGCGUUGGAGCUAGUGUGUUGGUACGAAUGUGAACGCCAGAAAAGGGGGGGCUGUUUGGGAGGUAAAGACGGACGCUGGGCUGGCACCAGCUCAAACAUGAGGUGCAUAGUUUAUGCAGUUUUAUAAAGGCAAUCCAUGAACUAGAGCGAGACUGUGGAACAUUGUAAAUAUUGUACAGUGUAUGUUACAGCCAUUUCAGUGGUGCGUGCGUGUGUGUGCGCAUGUGUGUGUCGGGGGGGGGGGGGGUUUGUAACAUCACAUUAGGUCUUAAAACUGUGAUUUAUUCUCUUAAUGAUGGGCGGACUCACUUUGAGAUGGGAACCAGUGGGAUGAUGCGAGCAUUACAUUUUUAAAAACAGUACCAGGGAUAUUUGAACUAUUCCUUAAGAGCCAUUAUCACUUGGAAGAACGUGUCCUAAAUAAUUUAUUGUGUAAAAAAGAAAAAGGUGCAGUAUUUAUUUAUUUAAUAAUAAAGAGCAUUUUCUUUUAAAAAAAGA